CUAUAAAUAGGAGGGAUGAAGCCAGCAGAGAGCAGAUUCUCUCUACAGAGACCUCUACAGCACAGAGAUCCAGACAUGGCACCUACAAUCACUGCAGCUAUGACCAAAUCUCAGGAGCAUCUGACUCUGACCCACAAGCUCAGAAAGCCUCUGGUGGAGAAGUUACGCAGAGAACGAAUCAACAGCAGCAUUGAGCAGCUCAAGUCUCUCCUGGGUCCAGAGUUCCUCAAACAGCAGCCAGACUCCAAGCUGGAGAAAGCAGACAUCUUGGAGAUGACA